GAAAUCUUAAUUCGAAGUCGCUUCCUUCAAUAAAUUGUUGAUUGUGCUGGGGCAAGUAAAUUUUUUGACCGGUUUCAUAAAAAAGUAUAUCUUCAAAAAAUCAAUUAAUUUGAAUUAACAACUGCAACUAAUUAGUAAACAAGCUGUAGACCGUGAUAGUAUAUUUUUGUUCGGUUUUCUACAUUCGGUACGAGCACAGGUUCGGCUAACUAUGAUACGAGAUAUCCCAGUUGUAAUGUCAUCAUUGAAUAAAAACUCUCCCUUACCUACAAUGAAUACAAAGCAAGUAGACUACAAAGCAAAGAAUGUAAAGGGAAUGCCAGAACGUUUUUUAUUUGAAUGUUCGAUUAAACUAGGUAUGAAACCACUUUCCUCAGCAAUGGCGGCAAUACUAUUCCAUCGUUUUUUCCGAGAAGUAGACGAAUCGGAAUACGAUCCUUAUAUGAUUGCUUCGUCUUGUCUGUACCUUGCUGGCAAAAUAAAAGAUGAUGCGGUCAAAAUUCGCGACGUCAUCAAUACAGCUCAUAAUACCAUUAAUCGUGACCCACAGCCACUGGAACUAGGAGACGAAUAUUGGUCUAUGCGAGACUCAAUCGUACAAGCCGAGUUGUUCAUCACGCGUAUCCUGAAGUUUGAUCUGACAACGGUGCACCCGCACAAAUACAUGCUGCAUUACAUGAAAUCAAUACAAAACUGGUUCGGUGUAAAAGAGUGGAGUUCUUUACCAGUAGCCAAGACAGCUGCAUCAUUUCUUCAAGAUUUUCAUCACAGUUCAAAGGUGCUUGAUCAUAAACCGGAUCACAUUGCAGUUUGUUGUUUGGCACUUGCUUUUCAGGCGUACGGUGUACAGGUGCCGCUAACCGAAGAAACCGACGAGGAAACUGCAUGGUACAAUUUAUUUUGCAAGGAUUUAACUCGGGAAAAGCAUUGGGAAAUAAUUGAGGACAUCAUGGAAGUAUAUAAUGCUGAAGCUGAAAUAGACGAAGACGACGAUUAAGAAUGGGUAUGUCCAGACUUACUAUGCAGCAAUUUCUGACAGCGUUACUAUGAUCACUGCUAAUAUAAUUGUAUUUUUAAGCCAUAUUCCGCGUUUAAAAUCGUCUGUAACAUUUUAGAUGAAAAGUAUUACGCAAACUAAACUUACGUGCAAGUCGUACACCGAGCAUGUUUUCAGAAGAGUGCUUCCCUGAAAAUAUCCACAGAUAAUGGUCAAACAACCUAAAUAUUGUUUGUAAGUGUGCAGAACGUGAUAGUGUUUUCGAGCCGGGAUUGGAUAAUGUCGUUUUAUUCGACUUAUGAACGCUGAAACUGAACAUCUACCGUUAAGUAUCUACUCAUUCAAAGGUCCACCCUGAAAUGAUUGCAUUUCCUCCAUUCAUUGAUGAAAUUAAUCAUUAUUUCACUUUACGUAUAAUAAGAAAAAAGAAAAAUUAUAUUAAAUCAAGAUUUAUGGUUAA